GCUCCUACGUCGUCAAUAAAAGCAGUGUGACCGGGUGUGACCGCUACCUUUCCUACCUGUAAAGUGCUGGAAAGUUCUCAGUGUCGUUUUGUAAUUUUGUUUCCACUGUACUUCAUUGGUAAACAAACACGGUCUAAUCAUAUUACACUUAUCGACGUUAUAAUAAACAAAAUAUAAAACAAUGCGCACCAGCUACAAAAAAAAUCGGCCAUUUGAUUUUAAACUCAUCGACCUAGUAGAACCGAAUCCUGUGCUGUACCAGCGUUCAGGACUAUCCAAUUAUGAGGCUAUGAAGGCCAAAACAGAUAUCUGGGCCAGAAUUGCUGAGAAUAUGGGCUGUGAUGUGGAUUUCUGUUUAAUGCGAUGGAAUAAUCUUCACUAUCAGUUUCGAAAAGAGUUCCGAAGAGCUGACAGCAGCGGUUCUACAUGGCCAUAUUUGGAACGCCUUCGUUUCUUGGCCGAUAAUCCACAGCGACCGAGAAACAAGUACAAAAAUAAGGGCAAGGAUUCCCCAGAUAAAGGGGAGCCGGUGAGUCAUGAAGCAACGCUUUGGGAGGCCUACGAAGAUGGGGAAACCAUAGAUCAGCCCGGCACUUACAUAAUCGAGGAAAUCAUCGAAGAGAUUGAUCAAAUCAUCCAGGAAGAGAUCAUCUACGAAGAAGUGGACUCAGAGUCAGCUGAGAUACUAUCUCCCAGUAGCAGCUUUCUCCAAGUAGACCAAAUGCUCGCCCAGCUAGGGCAGCCCCAACGAAAUAGAGCCGAACGAAGGAUAACAGCCUUUCUGCUCAAGUGUCAGUUGCGUUCUCUGAGUAAUCAGUCUGUGGAAGAUCUGGCCAUUUAGCUUUACACAAUUUCAACUUUAUUAAAAACAGAAAAAAUAACUAAUAUUACACCUUGCACUUGUCCAAGUCCAGCCAGGCCACCUUGGGCUUGGUAAUAAACUGAUCGCGCGACAAACUGUCAAGCAUGACGGCCUGCUGGCGAACAUA